GGUCCUGUGAGUGCGGAAGUGGGGGGGUAUCCUGUUGACAGCCUGUGAGUCGGUGGGGGGUUGUGGGGGAAGAGGGCUAACGAUGACGCACAGGCCUCACGUGACCCCGAGCUGCAGAGCGACGCAGCUUUAGGUGCAGUCGUCACUCUCCUCUAGCUACCAGCUCCACGCAGCCCUGCGUAGGGCGGGCUGGCAGCGGGCCUAGGAAAGCGGAGCAGAUGAUAGUUUGGUGUAGUACUGAGAUGAGGUCAGGAGAAGAGAAAACUGCACAGGACCUAUGAAGAUCUUCUUGUGGCCUUUCAGUAGACCUAUUUACCACUGGAAACAAGGGAAAGAGGGAGAGACUGGCCUGGAACUAUGGAAGUUGUGAAGACUUGCCUGCUUGUCUGCUGCAGAACUUGAGAUCACUGGAAGCAAAGAAAGAAAGAGAAAAAUGUUUCUGAUCAGUACAGACUGGCAAGACGGUUCAAAGCUCACAUGAAUUUAUAUAUCUACUUUAGGGUGUAUUACCAAAGAAGAGAGGAACAGAGGAGAGAACUUCCUUGGAUCAUUACAGGUUUACUUCCAGUGGCAGCUGUAGUGGCCUUUGAGUGGCUGAAGAUCAGCACCCUCAUAGAUCUACAUCUAAGCCUAUCACCUUCUUUCCCCAGCCCAAGUGAGCCCCCCUGUACUUUAUUUGUGUCUUCAGCAAGGGUGAUUACAUGGGCCGUGUUCAGGAAGUGGGCUGGGUGACUGCGGGACUGGCGAUCUGGGCUGGCACUUGCUACUACCUUUACAGAUUAACCAAAAGAAGAUCUCAGAGUGUGACCAGACUUGCCAGAGAUGGGUCCAGAGUCAAGAUGGAGACUGUGGUUGGGGUACAGAACCAGACUUUGGCCAUGAGUGAAGCCAUGGUUGGGGUGGAGCUUGAGACUAGACCCAAGGACAAGACUGGAUCAGAAACUGGAGAAGGAAGUGAGUCUGGGUCUGAAAGAGAGAUCAAGGUUACUGCUAUAGAGAGAUCCAAAGCCAAUUCUCAGGCAAUGGUUGGGGCAGAGACAGAGAUUCAAUCAGGGGUCAAAUCAGCGGCUAGAACACUGGUCAUGACAGAUGCAAUGACUCUGACUGAAGCGAAGGUCAAAGCUAGGGAAGUGUCCAUGAAAGAGGCAAUGACUCAAACUGAUUUUGAGGCUGGGGAAAUAGUCAAGAAAGAGGCAGUGACACAGACCAAGGCUAAAGCUUGGGCACUGGUCUCCAAGACAGAGGCCAAAAAAGAAGCAAUGACCCAGACCAAAGCCGAAACCCAGACAUUGGCUGAAAAAGAGACAGAGAUCAACAGAGUAAUGGUAACACAGAGUGAGGUUUUGGCAGUGACCAAAGAAGUGGUCAAGAUUGGGACCAUGAACAAGACUGGAAUUGUGGUUGAAAGCAAAACAAGAGCCCUGGAAGAGACUGUGAGUGUGCUUACAACUCAGUCUGACAGUAGGUUUGGUACUAUAGUUGAUACUAAGAAAAAUCCUAAUGCUAUGUCCAGGGCAGUGGCAGGCAUGGACAUAAAGUCCUGUGCACGGUCCCAGGCUAUGGCCAAGAUCCAAGAUGAUGACAUGCCUGGUGCUGAGGACAAGAGAAAUAUCAAAACCAUGUGUAAAGCAGUGUCUAAGGUUGAUACAAGGGCCUCUCCUCAACCUCAAAUUGUUGUCAAGGGCCGGGCCGAGGCCAUGCCUGGGACAAGGGUUGAUAUGGAGGGUAAUGUCACUGCCAUGUGUAAGGCAGAGAUGGGGACAAAUGUGAGAGCUUGUAUAAUACAACCUCCGACUGUGGCCAAGAAGCAGGCUGAGGCAAUGUCUGGUGCCAGGGUUGAUAUCAGUGUCAUACCUAAGGCAAUUACUGGAAAUGUCAUACGCGCUACUGCUCAGAUUCAAGCUGUAGCUUGUGCUCAGGCUGAGUCUGUGCCUGAUGCCAGGGUUAAGGGUAGAGGAAACCCAAAUGCCAUGGUUAAAGCAAGUGCCAUGGCAAACAUGAGGACCAAUUUGCAAGCUGAAGCCUUGCCCGAUAAUAGCCAUAAGACCAGAAGCAAUCUCAGCGUCAUGGCUAAGGCAGGAGCUGGGAUAGACAUAUUGUCCUAUACCCAGGCUCAGCCUGUGGUCAAUGUUCAGGGUGAUGCCUUGCCUGAUUGUAGGAUCAAGGCUAAGAGCACUGUUAAUGCUGUGACUAAGGAGGGAGCUCAGGCUAUGGCCCCGGGCCAGGGUGAAGCCUUACCUAAUACUAAAGGUAAAGCUAGGGGCAAAGCCAAAGCCAAGUGUAAGGCAGGAGUUGGUCCAGACAUGAAAAUAUAUUCACAAUCUCAAGCUGGGACCAAGACCCAAGCCGUAGCCUUGCCUGAUUCCAGGGUUGAUGGUAGGGGUGAUUCUAAUGCCAUUUCUAAAGCAGGGCCUAAGGCAGACCACAGAAACUGUGGUCAGCUUCAGACUGUGGUCAUUUCCCAAGGUGAUGCUUUGCCGGGUACUAAGAAUAAAUUCAAGGCCUAUCCCAGUGCUGUGUCUAAGACAGAGGCAAGGACAGCUACAGCAGACUCUGCCCAGCCCCAGGUUGUAGUCAGUUCCCAGAGUGAGACCUUGAUUGCUGCCAAGAAUAAGUCCAGGGGCAAUCGCAGUGUUGUACCUAAAGCAGAGACUGGGGCAGCUACAACAGGCUCUGCCCAGCCUCAGACUGUAAAUAGUUACAAGGGUGAGGCCUUGCCUGGUGCCAAGAAUAAGGUUAAAGGUAAUCUCAGUGCUGUUCCUAAGACAGAGACUGGAGUGGUUAUAACAGGUUCUGCCUUUCCCCAGGCUUUGGCGAAUUUCCAGGGUGAAACCAUCACUGGUACCAGGACUAAGAUCAGGGGCAACACCAUUGCUAUGUAUAAGCCAGAGGCUGGGGCAGGUAUAAAAGACUCUCCCCAGUCCCAGACUGUGGCCAGUUCCCAGGAUGAGACCAUGCUUGGUGCCAGGAGUAAAGUCAGGGUUAAUUAUAAUGUGCCUAAAGCAGAGAUUGGAGCAGGUACAGUGGGCUCUUCCCAGUCCUGGACCGUGGUUAGUUCCCAAGGUGAGACCUUGCUUGGUGCCAGGAAUAAGGUCAGGAGCAGUCCCAGUGCUGUGCCUAAGGCAGAGGCUGAGGGAGGUAUAAUGAGCUCUUCUCAGCCCCAGGCUCUGACCAUUUCUCAGAAUGAGGCCUUGCUUAAUGCCAGGAAUAAGGGCAGAGGCAAUUCCAGUGCUAUGCCUAAAGCAGGGCACCAGAAAGGUACAAAAGUCUCUGCUCAACAGCAGAUGGUGGCCAGUUCCCAGGAUGAGAUUUUGCUUGGGAUAAUGGACAAGGGUAUGUCCAGGUCUGAGGCAGAAGCUACAGCAGAAGAUAUGAUCUAUGCAAAGCCUGAGGCUGAAGCCAUGCCCACUGCACAGGGUGAGGGUGAACCAGAUGCUCAAGCCUGCAGAAAAACUCAGUCUAACGUUCAUGGUUAUUACUGGAAUGGGAUUGGUGUUGAGGAUUGGAUUGCUGCUGAGCGAUGGAUCAAAUUUAGGUUGCAGGCUAUGGAUGGAGACUGGGAGAACAGUGUGUCCUGGGCUGAUGAAAAUGAAACCAAUAUUGGAUCUUGGAGUGGAACUGGUGACAAGGCUGGUAUUGUUAGUUCGUGGGCUGUGGCUUGUGAUGAGACCACUGUUAAGUCCUGGGCUGGGGCUACGGCUGAGAAUCAGGCUGCUCUUGGGUCCUGGGUAGGACCUGGGGACCAGGCCAGUGGAGGGCUCUGGGCUGCAAGUCAGGUUAAUGAGGCAUCCUGGGCUGGGGACAAAGUUGGGGGUUCUUGGGUGCAGGCUGAGAACAAGGCCAUUGGAGGAUCCUGGACUGGGGCCGAGAACCAGGUUAGUGGAGCCUCUUGGGUUGUCUCUGGGAACCAGGCCAUUGGAGGGCCCUGGGCUGUAGGUCAGGUUAGUGAGGUUUCUUGGCCUGCGGUCCAGGCCACUGGGCUAUCCUGGGUUGUGGACCAGACUGGUGGAGGUUCCUGGACUGUGGCUGAAAAUCAGGCUAGUGGGGUGUCUUGGGCUGGGGCUGGAAAUAUAGUUAGUAUUGGAUACUGGACUGGUGCUGUGGACCAGGCCAAUGCAGGAUCCUGGAUUGGGACUGUUGAUCAGUCUGGCAGUGAGUCCAAACCUAGAUUUGAGGAUCAGGCCAGUGAGCAAAGGCCCAGUGUAGGAUCUGAGAAUCAGUCUAGUGAAAGGUCUUGGGCUGACACAGCAGACCAAGCCAGUGGAGGGUCAAGGCUUGGGCCUAUAGAUCAGUCUAAUGGUGCAUCUUGGGUUGGCACUGGGGAACAGGCUGGUGGUGGGUCUACACCAGGGUCUGAAGACCAUUCCAGUGGUGCAUCCUGGGCUGGCACUAGGAACUUGGCCAGAGGAGGGUCCUGGACUGAGACUGGGACUAUUGGCCAGACUGGUGGAGUGUCCAAGUCAGGGCCUGAGGAUCAGUCCAGUGGAGGAUCAUGGGCAGAUUCUGGAGAUCAAAUUAGUGGAAGGUUCUUGGUUGGGGUUGUGGACCAGGCCAAUGGAGAAUCUCAGGCUGGGCCUGGAGACCUGGCUGGUGGUGAGGCAAAGCCUGUAUUUGAAGAUCAGGCCAGUAGAGGAAGAUGCUGGACUAAUGCUGAGGACCAGUCUUGUAGAGAAUCUGGGCUGAGCCCCAGGGAUCAGACUAAUGCAGGUUCCUGGCCUGGAACUGUGAACCAAGCCAGUGGAUGGUUCUGUACUUACACUGGUAGUCAGACUAGUGGGGGCGAAUCUUGGGGUGGGAUUGGAGGUCAGCAUUUUGGAAGUGCCAGGCCAGUGCUCACGAACCAGGCUCUUUGUGGAUCCUGGGCUGGCCCUGGGAGUCAGAUCAGUGGAGUGUCCUGGGCUGUGGCUGCGGAUCAGGCUGGUGGCUGUUUGAAACCUGGAUUUGGGAAUCAGGCCAUUGGAGCAGGGUUCUGGGCUGGUGCUGGGAACCAGCCUGGUGGAGUGUCCACACCAGGGUCUGAGGAUCAGUCCAGUGGAGGAGGUUCCUGGACUGGGGCUGGAGUCCAUGUUAUUGGAGCAUCUAGACCAGAUCCCACAGACCAGUCCAGUGGUGCAUCUUGGGCUGGCACUGCAAGUCAGGUCAGUGGAGGGUCCUGGGUUGGGCCUGGUGAUAAGGCUGUUGGUUGCUUCAAAUCUGGAUUUGAGGAUCAAGCCCAUGGAGGAAGUACCUGGGCUGGUGCUGGGGAGCAGACCAGUGGAGAAUCCUGGGCUGUGUCUAGGUCUGGGAAUGAGGCCAGUGGAGGGUCUAGGCUGGGUUCUGAGGACCAGGCCAGUGGAAGAUUUCUGGUCAGUGCUGAGGAGGAAACCAGUGAAGGAUUUUGGUUUGCACCUGGUAGUGAGGCCUUUAUAGGGUCUUGGGGCUGUACAAGGGAAGAGGUUGAUACUGUGUCCAGGCCUGAUGGCAAGGAUGAGGCCAGUGUAGAAUCCACAUCAGGGCCUAAGGAAAAGACCAUCAUUAGUUCUGAGUUUGGAGAUGAGAAUAAGGCUAGUAUCGGAUCCUGGAACAGAUCUGAAGAGGCAGCUUGUAUGGGUUCCUGUGUGAGGGCUGAGUCUGGAUCUGAUACUGGAGCUGCAGUUGAGGCUGAAGCUGGAGCUGAGGCUGAGACUGAAGCUGACACUGAGGAAGAGGCAGAGGCUAGAGGUGAAGCUGGGGCUGAGGCUGAGUCUGGAGCUGAGACUGGGACUGAGGCUGGGGUUGAGUCUGGAGCUGAGACUGGGGCUGAGGCUGGAGCUGAGGCUGGAGCUGAUAUUGGCACUGCAGCCAGGAUAGGAUCUUGGCCCUGGGAUAGGCCUGCAACCACUAAGGGGUCUGGGCUUGGGGUUAAGAAAGAGGCUGGCAUACGGUCUUGGGCUUGGGCUUUCGCUAGGGAUGUAGAUGAGGAUGAGCUAAGCGAAGCAUCCAGCCCUGAUAUUGAGGAGAUCAGUUUAAGGUCCUUGUUUUGGGCUGAGAGUGAUAACAGUAAUGAGUUCAGAUCCCAGAGUGAAAAAGAUGUCAACUUUAAGUCUAAGAUUGGGGAAAACACAAGCAUCAAGGAUAAUUUUGAGGCUGCUGAUGGAGUUGAUAUAAGGUCUUGGUUCUGUACUGGUAAUGAAAGCAGAAGUGAGGACAAAUCUACACCCAAGGCUAAAGCUAAAAAGUCAGCAGAGUCAAGAGGGACAUAUCCAUCCAUGGUCCCUGGGGCAGGAAUGGGCUCAUGGGACGGAGCCGUGAUCUGGUCAGAAAUGAAAUUUCAACACCAAAACGAGUCCAGUUUCCCAGCUGAAGAUGAGUUCAGACAGCAGAUCAGGGCUGGGGAGAAGGUUCGUCCCUGGCCCUGCCGUUGUAAACGUGAAGCUAAUUUGGAUCCACAAGAUUUUGAAAAACUCAUUUGCAUGAUCGAGAUGACGGAAGAUCCUUCUGUUCAUGAAAUAGCUAACAAUGCUCUGUAUAACAGUAUUGAUUAUCCUUAUUCCCAUGAAAUUGUUCGUAAUGUAGGCGGAAUCUCAGUUAUUGAAAGCUUGCUGAAUAAUCCCUAUCCAAGUGUUAGGCAGAAGGCCUUAAAUGCACUGAAUAACAUCUCAGUAGCUGCUGAAAACCACAGACAGGUUAAGACAUAUUUAAACCAAGUAUGUGAAGAUACUGUCACCUAUCCCUUGAACUCAAAUGUGCAGCUGGCUGGACUAAGAUUGAUAAGACACCUGACUAUAACUAGUGAAUAUCAGCAUAUGGUUACAAAUUAUAUUUCAGAAUUUCUUCGUUUGUUAACUGUGGGAAGUGGAGAAACUAAAGACCACGUUUUGGGAAUGCUUGUGAACUUCUCUAAAAAUCCAUCUAUGACAAAAGACUUGCUCAUUGCCAAUGCACCAACAUCUCUGAUUAACAUUUUUAGCAAGAAGGAGACAAAAGAGAAUAUUCUUAAUGCUCUCUCACUAUUUGAGAAUAUAAAUUACCAUUUUAAAAGAAGAGCAAAAGCAUUUACCCAGGACAAAUUCAGUAAAAAUUCUCUUUAUUUCCUAUUCCAAAGACCUAAAGCCUGUGCCAAGAAACUUCGAGCCUUAGCAGCAGAAUGCAAUGAUCCAGAGGUAAAAGAAAGGGUUGAGAUAUUAAUAAAUAAACUCUAAUUAAAUAUAUAUUCCCAAACAAAUGUGAGUAAUAUUUUGGUUUUGCAGUCUGAAAGUAGCGCACAUUUUAAGCUGCAUUAUAAUACCAAAACUGAUGUUACCUAUUAUGGUCCAUACAUGAACCAUUUUAUGAACACCAAAAGAAUUCAAACUUGUACUGAAAAAUACAUGUCAAUUUUUAUCUUGUCUGGAUUGAGAUAUUUUUAGUAUGCUUCAUGAGCAAAAACUGACCUGAUUCUUCAUAAGUAAGGUAAUCAUUGGUCCUUUGUGUGGACUUAUGUUUAUAUAUUUGAGAUUUUAUAUUUAUGUCAUCAAUAAAGUUGUGUGUUUUAAGCAAAAAUAAAAAGACAUUGUCCUUGUCUUUGAAUUUAAAAUCUGUUUGGAAAGUCAAGAUAUAUGAAACAAAAAGUACAAAAUCAGAGGCUUCCAGUCAUGGACAGAUGGUUUCCAAAGGUUCUUCGAGGCACCAAAAACUGCUGCACACAAAGGUGUUCAGGGAGUUUUACAGAGAAGAGCUUGAAGGACAAGAUGCAAAAGGGCACGCAAAGAAGAACGGUGGAAGA